AUGAUGGCAUGCCAAGAUUGGCCCGAGCCAGUGAUUCGAGUUCAAGCUUUGGCGGAAAGUGGUCUAACCACAAUCCCCGAACGUUUCAUAAAGCCAAAGUCCCAAAGGGUCACCGAUUACGCCACUCAUUCUUCUUCAACCCAACCCAAAUUCUCUGACACUGACAUCAACAUCCCCGUGAUUGACAUGAAACACCUCUACGGCGGAGAGGAGGGGCAGCGCGCGGAAGCACUCCACCGUGUGGCAGAGGCUUGCCGAGAAUGGGGGUUUUUCCAGGUGGUGAACCAUGGUGUGAACCAUGAGUUGAUGAAGGGUGCUAGAGAGGUGUGGCGUGAGUUUUUUCACCAGCCAAUUGAGGUGAAAGAAAAGUUUGCUAAUACACCCCUCACUUAUGAAGGUUAUGGAAGUAGGUUGGGAGUGAAAAAAGGAGCCAUUUUGGAUUGGAGUGACUACUUCUUUCUCCAUUACAUGCCUUGUUCCCUUAGGGACCAAACCAAGUGGCCAAACCUCCCAACAUCCUUAAGGAAUGAGAUAGAUGAAUAUGGUGAGGAAGUUGUUAAGCUAGGAGGAAGGGUUCUUGAGAUACUGUCAGUAAAUCUUGGACUGAGACAGGAUUUUCUGCUAAAUGCAUUUGGCGGGGAAAAGGAUCUUGGUGCUUGUUUAAGGGUCAAUUUCUAUCCAAAGUGCCCACAACCUGACCUCACUAUGGGGUUGUCCUCUCACUCAGACCCUGGUGGCAUGACCAUUCUUCUCCCUGAUGAAAAUGUGUCUGGUCUGCAAGUUCGCAGAGGAGAUGAUUGGAUCACUGUUAAGCCUAUGCCAAAUGCUUUCAUCAUCAACAUUGGUGACCAAAUUCAGGUGCUGAGCAAUGCAAUUUACAAGAGUAUAGAGCACAGGGUGAUAGUGAACUCAGACAAAGAUAGAGUUUCAUUGGCCUUCUUUUAUAACCCCAGGAGCGAUAUACCCAUUCAACCUGCCAAGGAGCUUGUGACGGAGGAUAGGCCAGCACUGUACCCUCCGAAGACAUUUGAUGAAUAUAGACUUUACAUUAGGACAAGAGGACCCAAUGGAAAAGCUCAAGUUGAAUCUUUGAUUUCUAAAUGUGAUUCUAAUUGA